AUGGCUACAUCACAAUCUCUCGCUGUUGCGUCUGUAACUGCCUCCAUUACCCAAAACGCACAGACCGCCAGCCAGAGUACGGUACCAGCAGCCAGCGCUGCCUCUACCUCUGCCUCUGCAACAACACCGUCAGCGUCAGCAGCCACAGACACGUUGACUGAUGACAACAGCGGAUAUCCGGGUGAUGGUCAAGCAUGGUCAGAUCUUCCUACUUCUAGCAGUUUUGGCAACAGUAUCUACGCUGGUGCUGUCACUUUUGCCACGCCUACAAGAAGUGGCAGUGUCUCACCACUGUAUCCUAUUCAAUCAACUGUCAAUGUCACGUUUAAAUGGGGAUAUACAGCGCUUCGUGUUAGACCUGUGAACCUAACCUUGAAUGCUGUUGGGCCCAAUUCAGUUACCGUUGACAUUGCCGCCUUGAACGGAUCUGCUACAGAAGCUGUCUGGAAUCUAGGAUCCGUGCCCACGAAUACGCCCUUGAUGAAUGGGUAUUACAAGAUUCAGUUGUAUGAUCAGCGUGGUGUUUCAGUAGAUUACUCGCCUGGCUGGAUGGUCCCAUGUACAACUUUGUCUAUCGCGCUGUAUUCACCUGAUUUGUAUAAUCCAAUCACAACGGUUGCUGGUUAUUGCCCUACUUGCUUUUACAGCGCUGGUAGUUCGUUCAGAGAGGCAUUUGGGCCUAUUGCAGCAGCCAUUGGUAUUGCUGUAUUCACAUCCAUGCUUAUCUUGAUCAAUCUAUUAUGUUAA